ACGCUCUAAAAAUAAUUAUAAGGAAAGCAUAUGUUGGAGAUAUUUUCGCCCAAUUAGACCGAGUUAUGGAUCAGAAACAAAAAUUAAAAAUUAAACUUCCAUUAAUUAAAUUCUUUAUUCCCUCUGCAUCACCUCCCAAAGUUAUUAAUAGUUUAAAAUCUUCUGGUCUCAUUAAUCUACAAAUUGAACUGCCCCUCGAAGAACAGAUAAAUAAAUUAUAUAAACAUUUAUCUGAUCAGUGGAAAUUAAAAAACUUGAAAUUUGUUAUUAGCAAUAAAGAUUUUUAUGACCAGCUAAAAGAAAAGUACCCAGAUAUUAUCCAUAUAAGCGCUAGCAUAGAUGGUAAUGACUUAAUAGUAAACAAUUUAAGUAGAUGGGCUAGAGAAAAUACCAGUACUCAAGGAAUUUCUAAUAUUGUCAAAGCUGUUCAAAACGCUACCCGUAAUCUUUGCAAUGUCGUAGGUGUUUUGAAGGACAGAAGAAUGCAAAGUGGAAUGAAUAUAACAAAUAUAACAAUUAAUGAUUGUAAUUGUCAUUAUCAUAAAAUAGAAUUUCUUUCAUUAAUAAGCCAACAUUUUAAGCAAUUAUUUAAUAAUUAUAAUAUUGAUGAUAAUUUUAUUAAAGAAAAAGUAGGUUAUUUUAAAUGGCUUUCAUUAGAUCAUUUACCAGUUAGUAUAUUUGAUAAAUUAGUAGAAUUAUUCAAACCUUUGAAACAUAUCAAUGCUGUUACUGGAAAAAAUAUUAUAGAUCUAUUAGUUAAUGCUACUAGCAUUUUAAGAAGGAUUUCUCAUUUUCAGUUUAAUUUUAAUUCUGAAUACAAUCCCAGUUCUUCUGGUAAUAGUUUAAUUUAUGAAGAAGUGACACGAUAUGUUAGUCGUUUGCAAUCUCAGUUUGAUAAGAACUUUGAUGUGUAUAAAUGGUGGCAAAAUUCAAAACAUGAAUUUCCUGGUUUGGCUACUCUUGCAAGGGAAUAUUUGCUUUUGGUGUCAGAUAAAGUUCAAUUCAAUAAUCUUGAAAAAUUUCUAGAAGUUUAUAAAAAUGUUGAUAUG